AUGUCCGGAUCCGCCGCCCUUCCAAACGACCCCCGCAUUUCCUUUCAGGCGCCAUCGCUGUCGCAAGGCUCCGCCAGCCACUCCAGUUGCGAGCAACAUGGCUCAGCUACCACCGAGUCGAAUGCAACCCCGCAGCCAUUGACGUCUACAACAACCACUAAGCAGUCGGUGCCUCUGGGUGUCUUCUCGACCCUCCUAGGGAACAACUCCACGUCCACACUCAGUGCCCAACCCAUCUUGUCGGACGAGGCGGUCCCGGCCAUCCUCAUCCACGCCCAACCCCCGGACACAGAAGAAGGCCCUUCUGACCUCACCGCGAGCUUGUCAUCAGUGCCCAGUGCGACUACCACGCUGACGAACACGUUGCCACCGACUCAGUCUGCCGCCCUUCGCGCCCUCAAUGCCCCCGCCUUCCAUUCGUCUCCUUCAAAGAGCAAGUCCGCAAAGUCGACAUCUAGUCGAACAACUGUCACUAGUCAGCCUGUCGUGGUACGCACGUACUCGGGUUCACGGCAUACUUCUCGCGCUGGGUCAGGGUUCAACACCCCGCGCUCUUUUGCAAUGAAUGGGAAUAAUCACACUUCAGCCCUGUCAGCUGGUCUGGCAGGUACAAGUGAGCAGUUACCCUCUGCCGAUGACUUUUCCUUCUCAGCAAUCCUACGUGCCGUCGACCCUGAGAUCAGAGAUGCGAUUGAUGCUAUUGCUGAGAUCUGUGCUAGGAGCAGGAUGAGUCUGGCAGAUGAGUACGACUCACAUCUCCCCCCACAGGGCGAGAUCACUGGGACGGGACCAGGUUGGGCUGCUAGCACCGGAGCACUUGUAGGACGUGGCCGGUUGAACCGAAUCAGCCAAGGAUGGACUGCCGCAGACAAUACACUGAUGGCUGUGCCUGAAGCCAGUAGCUCUAGCGAAAGAUUGGCACAAGAGGGUAAGGCGGAGAGCAACAAGAAACGAAGCCAGUCAGCAUAUGGCAGCUUGAAGAGUGUCAUUAGUGGUGGCAGUGGUAAGAGAAAAGCCAUUGAUGGCGAUACCUUUCGCGAGCAAGAGGCCAGCAGCUCGAAGCAAGAUGAAGUGCAGAACCGAGGACCUCCUUGGGCAGUUCACACUUCAACCUCAUCUUCCCAUCCAGCCAUUACUCUCGCUGCUCCUACCGCCUCGAAGCAUCUCUCGCUCGACACAUCGUCUACUAUGCAGGACAAGAUCGGUUUCCUCAUGCAUACAUCAGACAUUCGGGCUCAAAACGAGACCCUGCAAAGGCCUUCUUCACGCCAACGCAGACAAACAACGCGUAGCCUACCGUCUCCACGAGCCCGUGCAGGUACACUGGGCUCUUUGAAAGCAUGGUUGCCAUGGCCUCGACCCUCGGAUCUCAACCAUGAUACUCAGCAAGAACUGGCAAGAGCCGAGGACCGACUUCGAAGGAUGUUAAUGUCGCCACAAAAUCUUGGCAAAGGUAAAGCCACUGUCAGUGUUGUUUGA